AUGAGGGGGUUUAUUGCAGUGGUUGUCUCAUCAUUAUUAGCUCUCAUCCUAAUAGUAUCCCAAUGCAACGCACUUCCCAAUGCUUAUCCGUGGGGCGGCAAUAGAGGCGGCGGUAGGGGCUAUGGCGGAGGUGCAGGAUAUGGCUAUGGUGGCGGAUACGGUGGUGGUGGCGGCGGCGGUGGUGGAGGAGGAGGUGGAGGUGGUGGUGGAUAUGGAGGCGGUUAUGGCGGUGGAUAUGGUGGAGGAUAUGGAGCUGGCUAUGGUGGUGGACGUAGACACGGCUAUGGCUAUGGAAGAUAACGUGUUGGAAGUUACGAAAAAAGUUCACUUAAUUAAUGGCGAAAGAUUUUAUAAUGUGUUAUUUUUGUAAAUGUGCAAUCUGUAAUAUAAAUUAUUAUGUACCAU